CCUUUAUUUACUGAUUAAUUAAUAACCUUACAAUGGAUUUUGACCAUCAUCAUCAUAAUAAUAAUAAUAAUAAUUCAACCACAAAUUCAUUAAAGGAAACAUAGAGGCGUUACUCCCAUAUUGUGCAUGGAAAUAACUUUGAGAAAACAUCAUGGAAAUAACUUUGAGAAAACAUAAACUGGACCGACGACACAAAUCCACCAAGAGGGAAGAUACCAUAUGAUAUGUGGAACUUUUUACUCAGCCUCGUUCAGGUUCACUGGUUCAUCCUUCUUGCCGAAGAAUUGAAUAAUUGGGGCGACGCCGGCGUCGCCACCGGCGGUCCAGUUCACUGGUUCAGCCUUCUUGCCGAACAAAUCAAUCAUUGGGUAGAAGCCUGCGUCGCCACCGGCGGUCCAGUUCACUGGUUC